CACGCAAUGAGGCCUCUAGACAUGUGGCUAUGUUUAAUAUGUCGCUUCAUCCUAGAACUAUAUAGAACGGCUUGAAUGAUGCCGAUGUUUUGCUAAAGAAGCACGAGCUAAUGGGAUCAUACCCCUCAACGCUGAUAUUAUCGCAUAUCUAAUCGUUAGUCACAAACAUGGUGCUGAAAUGCUGGAAAUUCUUCAGCGUUCUCGCAGCAGCCCGACUCUGCGAACUGAAAGAACCUAAAUCCGAUAUCACGACAUGGUGGCACGAUAACUCAGUCAUCAACACCAAUACCUCGGUGGCGGCUGACGAGGUGCGGCGUUCACGACGAUACAACGUCUCUGUCUCCCUCGCGGAUCAAGAUGAUUUCCUCCCCUCCUUUGUCUACGAGUCUAUUCCCCGAAAUGGAAAUGGGAAGAUGUUCGACCCAGCUCAGCCUGGGAAGGAGUACGACUUUACGGAUGGCGACGGGAUUACCAUUGAGGCUGACGAGGGCAUCAACAUGGCUUGGACGCAGUUCAUCUACCGCAAAAACGUCGAUGUUCGGAUUGUUACUACCGACGGAUCCUCGAUUGGACCCGCUUCCAACGUUGUCAUUCGCCCUGUUGAUCUCGGUCUCAAAGUGAAGAGUCCGAAAGAUGAUACUGUUUUGAUUCGAGUACCAUUUCAGAAAUCUGGGGCGAGAUUCUCUGUCGAGUUUCAGGAUGAUCUCUUCACAUAUAGGUCCAACGGCGACGAUUAUGUGAAGGAUGGUGGUGUCAUUGUGAGUGAAGAGCCCAGAAAUGGUCUCAUCAUCUUCGCCAGCCCACCUCUCCCCAAAGACCUCGUUCCGUCCAAGACAUCCAGUAAUGUCCAAGUCAUCCACCCAGGCAAGAUGACGCAACGCACCUUUGGGUCCAAACCAACCAUCAUCUUCGAAUCGGGCAUCCAUUGGAUAGAGAAGGAUGGCGUUCCUGGCAAGGAUCAUAUCAAGCUUCACCCGAACACUGACUAUGUAUAUUUCGAGCCAGGCGCGUACGUCAAAGCAGCGCUAGAAUACACCACGCAACACCCCACUUUCCAUACCGUCGGCCAUGGCGUACUGUCCGGCGAGAACUAUGUAUACAUGGCAAAUACAGUCAAGAACUACACCGCUGUGAAGGACGACCGGUAUAGUCUUCGCAUGUUCUGGCACCAGUCCGUCACAGACAACCAGACAUGGUAUUGCAUUGGUCCAACACUGAACUCGCCGCCUUUCAACACCAUGGAUCUCUAUCCUAUGGACAGCACUCCUCACGAGGAAGACAACAAAGUCAGCGCACAUAUCCGCGAUUAUAAACAAGUUGGUGCAUAUUACUUCCAAACCGACGGAACACAGAUGUACAAAGGCUCAGUUCGAGAUGUCUUCUGGCACGUCAACGAUGAUGCUAUAAAGCUAUAUCACUCAGGAGCCCAACUUCACGGUCUGACGAUCUGGAAAGCUCGCAAUAACGCGAUCAUCCAGAUGGGCUGGAAACCGCGUAACGUAAGCAGUGUUUCUGUUAGUAAACUUCGCAUCAUUCAUAAUCGGUGGAUUAAGCCCGAUGCGUAUGUUCCGUCGGCUAUUCUGGGUGCAUCACCGUUCUACGGUGAUCCAAAAGAGAUCGACACUGAUCGGACGAUGCAUAUCAAAAUUGACGAUGUUAGUUGCGAGGGGAUUUGUGCAGCGCUCAUGACAAUUGCUCCGAUGCAGAACUUCGACUUGGAAAUCUCUAAUGUGCAUUUUGAGACGUUGCAUAAAGACGCCGAACUGAGACUUGGGAGAAGCGUCGUAGGUUUGGACGAGGGGGAGGGAAUGGAUAAUUACACUCCUGGACAAGGAAACCUGACGCUGGGUAUUCAUAUCAAGAAUUGGACCAUUGGUGAAGAGAGAGUUGAUAGGAAGAAUGCGGGCGAGGAUGGGCUGGGCCAGUUGAAGAUCAAUCCCACGUUUGAUGGGAAUUGGAGCAUUGAAUGAGCUCACAUCAAGACGCCCUGAGUCCUCGAGGCAAUGUAAGAAAGAUUACCACCUGCAUUCGACUAUGUGUGCAUUGGAGAGACUGUGCCACUCUUGUAAAACAAGAUAGAUUACCUACCGAAAUGAGAAAGUAUAAGAACAGGAAUCAUACAACUAUUUCUCUAAUCCAAUAGGUUCCUAAACCGCUCACGUUCAUGCAAGCAGAUCAUCAAUCUGCA